AAAGUCAAAAGUCAAAAGUCAAAAGUCAAAAGUCAAAAGUCAAAAGUCAAAAGUCAAAAGUCAAAAGUCAAAAGUCAAAAGUCAAAAGUCAAAAGUCAAAAGUCAAAAGUCAAAAGUCAAAAGUCAAAAGUCAAAAGUCAAAAGUCAAAAGUCAAAAGUCAAAAGUCAAAAGUCAAAAGUCAAUCAAAAGUCAAAAGUCAAAAGUCAAAAGUCAAAAGUCAAAAGUCAAAAAGACCGUUUCUGCUUGUUCCAGCAGUUCUUAAAAGCCUCGCAGGAAGAGAUAUCAUGUGGUGA